GUUUCUUUUGUUUCAGCUCGAAUUUGGGGCUGGUGGAUCGUACGGGACAUGGAUGUGAGUUUUACCAACGUUUUAGAGGGUGCACGUCAGUACUUUCAAGGGUUGCCUACUGCAACAUGUUCUACGUCAAACCCUGUGUAUCCCACAGGAACCGAACAUCAAAAUCCUCAUUACAAUGCAGAACAAAAUCCAGAAAGAACACCCACGUCGUCCUAUUGGCCCCCUCAAGAAAGAUCUCAACCUCGUGAUCCACAACAGAGGCCUCCGUCACACCAAUCCGAACCGUCGCGACCAUCCUCUCACAAUCAGGGUCAAGUACAAGAGCAAAUACGCAGUUCUUCCAGUUACCAUGCGCCAAAUUCUCACCAAGAACAAUCUAUUCCGACAUCACAUACGUAUCAGUUUGCUAGACCGCAUUCACGAGAGAUUCAACAAUCGCCACAUCAUUUACAACAGCAGCAACAGCAGCAGCAGCAGCAACAACAGCAACAGUUUCAGUCGCAUAUUAUGCCUAAUCCGGCAUAUCAGCAAUCGACGACUCCAAUUGGAAACAGAGCUCCUUCAAGGGUACAAGAAAUAACAGCACCGCAGGCUCAAACGUACCAUCAAAUGCAACAAUCUCAAAAUCAUACACAGCAACAGUCACAAGCUUAUUCGGGUUAUCAGCAAAGUCGCACGUAUUACCCUGUUCAUACUCAACCUCAACAAGCACAGUACUACAAUCAUUCGUAUCAGGUAGCAUCUAGUCAAGGGUAUUCGCAAACACAACCACAAGAAGUAUCAUACGCUCACCCUUAUCCAUCACAUUCACAAAACUCCUAUCCAACCGAAAACACAUACAUAACAUCGAAAGCUACACCUUCUCAUAAUCCUGAAAACACUAAUCUCAAAGACCAGUCAAAUAUGUCUUUGGCACAAAAUCCUCAAACACCUCAACCUUACCGAACAACCCAUAAUCUACCUCCGAUUGCUGCUUUAUCCUCUCUUAAUUAUCAUUCCAGUAGAAGUAGUCGAGAAGCGAUACGUAUUGCAAACAGUAAACCACGCGCACCUGCGUCGUCCGCUUCUACGUCUGCGUCUACGUAUCCCACAAAAGUGACCGACGCGAAACUUCCAGUGCAACAACAAUACCCUUCUCAAAAUAGUCACACAGAUUACUCAAAUCCGCAUCACACUCGCACAACAGUAUCGCAACCUUAUCAAUGUCCUCCGGCGGUUACGUACUCUAGCAACCAAUUUACAAGCUCUACUACUGUAAGCAUGACAAGCACUCCUGGUGUGCACGCCCAAUCAUCUUAUGCCCAUCAAGAGUCACCCAAAACAUAUCACAUGCCCAACUCUAAAGUCAUACAACCACAUCCCAACAUGACUCCUGCUGCUAAACAAAAACGCGAGUCUCCCUUAGAUUUAUCGGUUAAAACUGUAAGAACGUCAGCCGAUUCGACACUCGACGACACCGAUACAAGCAACGAGCAAAAACGACUUGCAAAGUACUAUCAAACAGGACGACCACCGAUGCAAGCUCCCAGUAAUUAUCCUAUUGAGGUGUACAAUAAUGCCUACCAACGCAGUCAUACAAACAAACCGACACCUCAGCCCAGCUCAGGGGUGCCGAAAGUCGAUUUUCUUCCAAACUUCAACGUAUCGGCUUUAUCACAAGCACCGACCGCUGCCAAAGUUGAUAGUCGACGAUUACCUGGACAGGCAGCUUGUGACAACGUUAAUCAAAGACAAUACUACGAUCGUAAAGCAUAUCAGACGGUUCCCCCACAACCUUCCGGCAACGUUCCUCGACAUAAUAUGACGCAUACAUCGCCUCACUAUCCUCCCACGAGUAUGUUACAAAACACUCCCAAGAAGGCGGCGCACGGGUUACCUCGCAUCGACUUUCUGCCACCCUCCGGAAAAGGUUCGGCUAUGUACGCGGUACCAUCAGGUGAUCCGCAACGUAAACGUCCACCUGAUCCUAUGCCAUCCGCUGUUCCUAGCAAAAUUCAAAAAGUUGACGUUUGGAGACAAACUAUCGAUCAGCAGAUAGAGCAAAGGUUGUCUUCGUACGCAAAAUCACGUUUGCAACAAGAACCGAUGCAACCCUCUAAGCAAGUUGUGAAUGGAAAUUUUCCUACUUCAACUCAAGACCGGACCAAGGAAUCUUACGCCUCGUAUCACAGACCGCAGUACACCUCCGGCCAACCCUCGCAGCCGUACCCCAACAACUCAGCGCAGUACAUGCAUAGUGGUCACAAUCAGACUUACGUGCCGACUCCCGUAGCACAUCAGUACCCUGGGUACACUAAUCAUGGAUCUCAACAGCAGCUCUACGUUCAACAUUCCUUACCCAGAACAAACUCAAACUCCUCCUUACCGAUGGCGAACACAAACCGAAACAAUGUAGGGGGUGCUGCCGAUCGACGGGUUCUUAGUUUGCUACGCAACAGCUUAGAAAUUAAAGGUGCGAAGGAGGCGCAAAAGAAAUUAGAGCGCGAACAACACAAGCCUCAGGACCAUCCACUUCAUCAUCCCCGCUCAGACGUACAGCAACCUUCAACUGACGUUAUGGCACCUUUACAGCCAAAACCGGGAGUAGUAGGGCGCCACAACAUGUCACCGUUUGCCGCCACGAGCAUAUUUGAUCAAAACAGUAACACACCUCCGAUUUACAAAUUCCAUUUACCGAAAGCAAUAGACUCAAUUAAAUUCGAUAGCGAAAUUCCCAAAGAUAAUCGAGCCAUUAACAAACAUUUAGAUCCCAACAUGGCUUCGCUGGCCAAUUCCAAUACAGACCUAGACGGAUUGACUGCGAUUCUCGCCGCCCGUAUUCGUACCAAAGCGGAGUUAAAGCAAGUCGGAAACCAUUACAACGCGGCAACGACCGACAGCACUGCGGCUCGACCGCUCAGUGAAAAUCAAUUAAAACUAUCCAUCGAACUUUCGAACGGCUCUAGUCCUCCUAAGCUUACUCGCGAAAAAUCCUCUCAUCUUCCUCGCCGGAAAUUGUUUAAUCGAAGCGAGGAUGAGAUGAACGGAACGGUAACGAGCAACGUACCUCCUAGAGAUAAAUCCGGGUUAAGAAGUUCCUCCGAGACGUCCGUGUUUGAUUUUCCGGAUAGCGAUUCGGACACCGAGAUGCCGGUGUUGGAAAGGCAAUCGUUAUUGGAAAUGCGUAGGGAUCGGAAAGUGCUACCUAAGACAAGCUCUAACGAGGGUGGUGAGCCGUCUCUGUCGUUCGACAUUUCCUUCGACGAUGCGUGUGACAAGUUUAUGGCGCAGUUAAAGACUGGUAUUGGAAAGAAGAGAGGACGGCGGAAAAAAGUGGAGGCUGACGUGUUAGCAAAACUGGAAACUGUAGUUACUCGCGAAAAACCUGACGAUAAAGUUAAAGAGGAAAUCAAAGAGGAGGGUAGCGACUCGGACUCGGACGUUCCUCUUAUCAAUUGUAAGAAUCAAACUACAGUAACUACUACAACCGUUGGGAAUGCCGAAGGUUUAGUUUCAAUAAAAAAGGAGGAGAAUAUAACGCCUAAAGUAGAAGUGGGUUGUGAUAGCGGUUCCGAAGCUGAAAGCGAAACAGUUAAAAAUUCUUCCGAAAAAAUUAAGAAAGAAGGCAACGAAAACGGAGGAAAAGACGCGUCUAACAUUCCCAAAGACAAAUCUGGGUUUGGAGAUGGAACUGAUUUCCAUCCCGGAUGGGAGGAAGAGGUUUACAAGUACAAACGAUCGCUUCGAAUGCCUGCGGCAUUAAUACACGUCACAAGACCUCCUCAGUGGCACCGUUUAUCCACCUCCUUACCAGAUCUAGACCCGUGCCCAAAUUCUCCUUCUCCCUCUGACAAUCCCGACUGCGUGAAGGCCAGAAUUAAAGUCGAACCAAUAGAUAGCGAUCUCGAUUCUAACUCAAACUUUAGCUUUUCCUUCGUUAAAAAUAACUAUGAUUCGGAAGAGGGCAGUUCAUCUGUUAAAAGCGCGCCUAUCUCCAAACCAAAAAAUACCAAUUCAAUCUUGGAUCGAUUGAUGGAGCGAUGCGGUGCUCGUAAACGAAAACGUUUAAAAAAGAAGAGCGAGGAAGCUCCCAAGGUCGUCGAAAAAUCCGAAAAAGAGUUGGAGUUGUUACCAACCCCCGGCUUAGAGGUUGAAACCAUAAAUUCCAAAACAAUCGGGCCUAUUGUGAAGGAAGAAUCCGCUUUGUUAGAAUUCCGAAAGAAGACCAUUGACAAUUUUAAGGAUACUUUUAUUAACAAUUCCAAGAAUUUGCUCGGAGUGAAUAAAGAAUUCAAAACUGUUAUCAAAUCAUCCCGGACACGGUUAGAAAGCAGGGUAUUGAAACAGAAAGCAACAAUCAAAGAGGUGUUUGGUGAAGACCGUCCCGCUUCGGCACCGCCCGUUACGUGCGUCGACAAUACUGAAGAACUAGAAAACAAAUCGCAAUUAAAUAUUAGUUUUUCGAACGAACACUGCAAUGCUUCUAGUAUAGAAGACCUAAAAAUUAGUUCCGUUCUCGAAAAUACGAGAGAGGUUCUGAAGAAUAAGUUGUUAAAUCGAGGUCGCAAGGGUUGCGUUAAUUUGCUGAAAUCGUUGACCGCCAAAAAAAUCAUAUCGGAAUUUGUCGACGAGGAUAGUUUGAUUAAGCAGGAUCGCGAUAGUAAAUCCGAAACACCCUCGAUAGAUGGUGACGAUUACACUACGCCCGCAAGAAGAAAAAUGAAGAACAUCCGACGUAAAUUCAGUUCCGGUUUCGAUUACAUUCGCAAAAAGAAAAAACAGGUUAAGAAGGAAAACGUAGACACGGAUACCACACCGAAACCGAAACGAAGAGGAGCCUUACCGAAGGCUACUCCGGAAUCGGAGCAGGAUAUACAGAGGGAAAUCAAAAUGUGGGUCAUGAACAAAGGUAUAGGCGAAACGCAUCUACAUCGAGCAGCGAGGCUAGGUUAUACGGAUAUAACGGCAUACUGUUUAGAAAAACUGGAUAGCUUCGCGUCGCCGAAAGAUAAUGCCGGGUAUACACCUUUGCAUGAAGCGUGUGCGCGAGGCCAUCUCAGCAUUGCCAAAUUACUUUUGCUAUAUGGUGCUAAUGUUAGUGAAUCGGCGCAAGGAGGAAUAAGGCCCCUUCAUGAAGCAGCAGAGAACGGUUUUGUUGAAAUAGUGAGGCUGCUACUUUCCUAUGGAGCAGAUCCAACCUUAGCAACCUACUCUGGCCUAAAACCCCUAUCGCUUGCCACCGAGGAAGUCACUGUUAACCUACUGCAAAAUCACAUAGCGGACGUUGCAGGCGAGCCAUCUGCUCAUUGGGACUUCCACGGACCCGCGAGCUGUUUUGAUUUAGCCGAAACCGGUUACGAUCCCCUCGAAGAUGUACCGCCGGUCGACCCACCCUCGGAUGAGGAAGAUAUAGAGUUCGAAAUUAGCGAUCAUCCGUUACCAAAUCUUUAUAGUAUUAGAGGGGACGCGCCGAUGGAUCGAUGGAUUUUGCUUCAGGAUUUGUCGAACCUACUUCGGAUUAAGUCGAGGGAUGCGCUUUUGAAACAAAUAUGCCCUGUUGUACCGUCGUCGAGUGUCCAUACUAACUACAAAAGUGUCUUGCGUGAACUCAAAAUGUCAGACUUUUUGGAGCAGGCGCGGUGCUGUCAGUAUAUGUGCGUCGGCGAGAAAAUAAAUACUCGAGCAUCAAAAAUUGCUUUAGUGAAAUAUAGUGAGAAGGUAAAACAAUUAUUGGGUGUCGAUAAAAUUAUGAUAACCGUGAGGUGAUCCCCACAUUGACAAUGCAAUGAAUGUGAAAUGAGCAAAUUUGUCUCAUAGUUGGUGAUAUUAGGCAUUAUGUGAUGUUACUGACCUUUUUUUUAAAUCAUUUUUAAUUAUUUACAAUCGCGAUGGUGCUCAUAACCUAUAGCAAUUUUUUACAAAAAUUUUUGUGUUAUUUUUACGUGCGGAAUUAUUUUUUUUAUUGUUUCGUGAAAACAUUGGAAAGAAUCUUUAAAGGAAGUUUUAUUUCUUAAACAAUUGGUGGCAAAAAUGUUUGUUGUUAAUUUUGUUUCAACCCCGACCAGAUUGUUGUUACCUUCGAUGGGAAAACUUUAGAGGUUUCUUCCAAUUUAACCGUGCAAUAAUCAUCACUUGGUUGAAUAUUUGUUAAUGCUUUUAGUAUGUAAUAUUAAAUAGGUGUAGAGAUUUUGCAAAGGGAUUUCUAAAAUUGAGUAGCAAAUAUUUUGCGUGCGACUUCCUACAAUUGCGAAUAAUAUAAAGUAAAUGGUAAUCCAUAUUUUUGAUGCUCAGGGAUAUGUACUUGCAGAGGCAGGGCAUAAUAUUUAUGAAAUCGACUGUACAUACAUAUAGUUAACAACAUUAAAAUGAAUAUUGUAUAUAGUUAAAAUACGAAAAUUAUAUAUAUAUGAAUAAUAGGUGAUGAUUGUAGAAAAAUGUAAAUGUUUUAAUUCUCAAUCUAUAAAAAAAAGCUUUUUCUAUGUACCUAACUUUAGAUGAAAAGUCUUUGUAAAUUAUGUGUGCUUGCUCAUUAGAAAUAUAACUUCUUUUUUUUGUAUUUCGCUUUGUUAUAUGUAUUGUAAAGUGGAUAUUUAUCUGUGAUGCGCAUUGGUGGGAAAGUGCAAUGCUUUCUAUGCAAAUGUAAUAAUGUGAUUUUGCCGAUUUAUCCUAUCAGUGUAAAAUUGAUAAAAAAAAUGGUAUUUUAAUUGAUAGUCUUUUUCACAUUUUUAUGUUCUCCUUCUUAGAUCAUCUGUGACUAAUAAAAGAAAUAUUAAGUU